AUGAGAAGCCUGAUGUUUCUGCUGGUCCUGGUGCUCUUCUGCUCUCUGCAGGACACUUCGAGCGGUUCAUUUGCAGUUAUGUCAGCAAACUCAGUCUGCUGUAUAGGAAAUUUCACUGAAAUAAAGGUCCCUGUGAAGCAGAUAUUGUCUUACCAGUGGACCACCAGUGACUGUCUCACAAAAGCCAUUGUGUUUACGACAAAAGGAGAAAAAAAGAUCUGCGUAGAUCCAGAGUCCACUUUUGUGAAAAGACAACUCGCUAAAAUGGACAACAGAGCAAAAGAGAGACGGUCAGAGCUCAUUCUGGACACAUCAGCUCUGAGAUCCUCAAGCUCUACAAAACAUCUCCUGAUUCCUUCUCCUGAAAUUUCUAGAAGAAUGAGAAGCCUGAUGUUUCUGUCUGUUCUGGCACUCUUCUGCUUCGUGCAAGAGACUUUGAGCAGUCCCGAGGCAAGUAAUUUAGCACAUUCAGUCUGCUGUGAAGGGUUCACUGAUAUAAAGAUCCCUGUGAAGCGGAUAGUGUCUUAUCACUGGACCAGCAGCAACUGUCCUUUGAAAGCCAUUGUGUUUAAGACGACUGCAGGGAGAGAUAUCUGUGUAAAUCCUGACAACACCUUGGUAAGGAGCCAUGUUGCUAAACUGGACAAAAGAACACCAUCUGCUACAACAUCAUCUCCUGAAUCCACAUCUGCAAAAUCAGCUCCUGAAUCAACAUCUGUUUCAAAAUCAGCUCCUGAAUCCACAUCUGCAAAAUCAGCUCCUGAA